GACAUUCAAACCACAUGUUAAUUCCUGCAUGUUGAGCUACAAGAAGUCUCAAGACUCUGCAGCCAUUUGAAGCUUUAUACUUUUCAAAUGCUCUUUUAUCUGAUACAAAGGCCAAGAAUCAGCAUCCGAUCCUCCAAUUCACAGUGUCCAUAUAAAUAGCUAGUCUGCUUUCCCCUGUCACUUUCUUGCGAAUUUCGGUACAUAAUCACCACAGACUGUCUGCAAUUUUUAAGUCACUCAAAAAAUUCUUAGCAGGACUAAGAAUUUGAGCUGAGCAGACAGAAUUGGUAGAGUUGAGAUGGAGGAAGCUCAGUCAGAACCCGAAAGAGGAGGAAACAACAGGCCUUUUUCGAUACCUGUGGAUUCGGAGCAUAAGGCCACCAAGCUGAAAAUCCACUCUGUUGCAGCUCCUCAUAUGAGAGCAUUUCAUCUGUCUUAUGUCUCGUUCUUUGCUUGUUUUGUGUCAACCUUUGCUGCUCCACCCCUUAUACCUGUUAUUCGCGAUAACCUCAACUUGACAUCAACAGACAUAGGUAAUGCAGGGAUUGCAGCUGUGUCGGGAGCAGUGUUUGCAAGGAUCAUGAUGGGAACGCUAUGUGACUUGUUUGGACCGCGUGUGGCCUCUGCCUCACUGAUGCUCCUCACGACACCAGCAGUUUACUGCUGUGCUAUAGCGAACUCUGCAGCCUCGUUUAUAGUUGUCCGUUUUCUGAUUGGUUUUUCAAUUGCCACUUUUGUGUCAACUCAGUACUGGAUGAGCUCAAUGUUUUCUGCUACUGUCGUUGGCACUGCUAAUGGCCUAACUGGAGGUUGGGGGAACCUUGGUGGCGGGGCGACUCAGAUCAUAAUGCCUUAUGUGUUUUCAAUUAUUCAUGGGAUAGGUGCAACUAAGUUUACAGCAUGGAGAAUUGCUUUCUUCAUUCCAGCUUUAUUCCAGACCUUGGCAGCAUACGCGGUCUUUUUCUUAGGACAAGACUUGCCUGAUGGGAACUUCUCGCGGCUUGAGAGAUCUGGAGAUAAGCACAAAGAUAAAUUCUCAAAGGUGUUCUACCAGGCAGUCACAAAUUAUAGAGGAUGGAUCUUAGCACUAACUUAUGGUUAUUGUUUCGGGGUAGAACUAACUGUGGACAACAUAAUUGCACAGUAUUUUUACGACAGAUUCCAAGUGAAUCUUCACACUGCAGGAAUCAUUGCAGCAAGCUUCGGGUUAGCAAACAUAUUUUCAAGGCCAUUAGGAGGCUAUAUCUCAGAUGUCAUGGCAGCAAGGUUUGGAAUGAGAGGUCGGCUUUGGACCCUGUUUGUUGUGCAGAUUCUUGGAGGCCUCUUCUGCGUUCUCUUGGGAAGACUGGGAUCUUUAACUGCAUCCGUUACUGUGAUGAUUAUAUUCUCUGUGUUUGUCCAAGCUUCAUGCGGUCUUACAUAUGGAGUAGUUCCUUUCGUUUCAAGAAGGUCGCUUGGCGUGAUAUCAGGGUUGAUUGGAGGAGGUGGGAGUGCAGGGGCGGUUUUGACACAAGUAAUCUUCUUCAGAGGAUCAAGAUUCAAAACCGAGACAGGUAUAACUCUCAUGGGAAUCAUGAUAAUCUGCUGCACUCUUCCCAUUCUGCUUAUAUAUUUUCCACAAUGGGGAGGUCUGUUUUGGGGUGCAUCAUCUAAAGGAAUUACAGAAGAGAACUACUACAUGUCUGAAUGGACUGAAGAGGAACAAGAAAAAGGCUAUCACAAAGCAAGCCUAAAAUUUGCACAUAACAGCAAAGGUGAAAGAGGUAAGAGGGUGAAUUCUGCUCCCUCGCCUCCAAAGGGAACUCCAGAAUCAACUCUGCCUGGGUAAUUUGUUAAAAUAUACACUUAAUUGUUAGGUAAAAUGUUGUAGAAGACGCGGGGAGAACAUCAUCUCAGUUCAGCGUUACAAACUUUGUUAUUUUCACACAGGGGAUUCUAUUGGUUAGCCAUUCAGUCACUGUUGAGCAUAAAACCAUAAAUGAAUAGCAAAUCAUUGGUGAUAUAGCAAUCGUGUAAGUAUCAUCUACUAUGGGAACAACGCUUAUAUAAAAUUCAGGAUUCAGUUCA